AAGGCAAGUCGAGUGCUGGCUGGAUUCGUCUGUCUAGCGAGUAAAGCGCGACACGAGAUGCAUCGGAGGGUGGGGUACAGCAACUACGAUGGCAAGAUCGCCGGCCUGUACGACUUGGAGGAGACGCUUGGCCGCGGUCAUUUCGCCGUCGUGAAGCUGGCAAGGCAUGUUUUCACUGGCGAGAAGGUCGCAGUGAAGGUCAUCGACAAGAGUAAACUCGACGAGGUCUCGAGAGCGCACCUCUUUCAGGAGGUGAGAUGCAUGAAGCUGGUGCAACAUCCGAACGUGGUCAGGCUUUACGAGGUGAUAGACACGCAGACGAAGCUUUACCUGAUCCUGGAAUUCGGCGAUGGAGGCGACCUCUACGAUUACAUCAUGCGAUACGACAGCGGCCUCAGCGAGGAGGUGGCCAAAACGUACUUCCGGCAAAUAGUCAGAGCCAUAUCGUAUUGCCAUCGAUUGCACGUGGUGCAUAGGGACCUGAAACCGGAGAACGUGGUGUUCUUCGAGAAACUCGGCACCGUGAAGCUCACCGACUUCGGCUUUAGCAAUAAAUUCUGUCCUGGACAGAAGCUCGAGACUUCCUGCGGUUCCCUGGCGUAUUCGGCGCCGGAAAUCCUGCUUGGGGAUAGUUACGAUGCUCCUGCUGUCGAUGUAUGGUCGCUCGGCGUGAUUUUGUACAUGCUGGUGUGCGGUCAAGCACCUUUCCACGAGGCGAACGACAGCGAGACCCUGACGAUGAUCAUGGACUGUAAAUACUCGAUUCCGCCUCGUGUCUCGGACAGCUGUAAACGUCUGAUCGCGAAGAUGCUCGUCAGAGAGCCAGAGGGUAGAGCAACGCUCGAGGAAAUAGCGGCUGAUCCUUGGCUGGCCGCUGGAACCGACGUGGAUCCAGUGGAAACGUUGCCUCUGAUCUCCAGGCAACAGGUGUCCGACGAUCAUCACAAUCACAUAAUUACCAAGAUGGUGAACGGGAACAUUGCCACCAAAGAAGAGAUAUUAGAAGCCCUGGACAAGAACGAGUACAAUCACAUAACGGCGACGUAUUUCUUGCUAGCUGAGAGGAAGUUGCGCGCUCAUCGUCAGGAGCAGGUGCAGAAGGUUAGACCGGAAAUUCUCGAAGUCUCGCCUAGUCGACAAGACGACGUGGCUAGCAGUCUGCGUGCCGACCAAAAUUCAUUAACCACGGUUAACCAGUCGCUGUUGAGCGUGCCUCGUACGCCAGGUGACGUGUCUCAGAACAUUCGAACGCGAAAGUGUAGCAUCGUGCAAGAGGAAGAAGACGAGGACGACGUGUCCUCGUGCUCUGGUCGCGACGAGCGCGGGAGCAACUCCGCGUUGAACUCGUUCAACCGCCGCGGUUCUCGUUCAGAAGGCAAGCUGUCUCAUAUUCUGCAAGAGAGGCUAUCACAGCUGCCGGAGAAACCGUGUCACAAGCCAUUAUCGUCCCAGCGCAACUCGCAGAAGGACAUCAACGUGGUUCCUGUGAUCGUCGAUGGAGAGGAGCGACUAAAGUCUAGUCCAAAUAGCGGGAACACUAACGAUUCCUCGUCGCCUGUCUUACAGAGAGCAACGGGCAAGCUUCAAGCGAGCGUUCAGCUCGUGGACAAUGUACCUGCAGCAACGAAUCUCGACUCCACCAGCCAGGAGAACCUGAAGAACCGUCUGGACGACGGGUCGCUUCCUGGCUGGUCGCGGAAAAGAUGCACGGAGAAUAGGCCGAAGUCGGUAUCCGACUGUCUGAAGUCAGUAGGACCUGUUCCAGCGAAUAAAUGGAGGAUGGGAGCUCAACACAGGUCCUCAGCAUCGUCGUUGGACCCUUCUCUAACGAUGGGCUCGGCGAAAUCAGCUGAAACAGCUACUACGACCACUACAACCACUAUUCUAACAGAGUCGUCGACGGUAUCGAUUCCGCUGCGACCUUUGGGCUCGCUGAAUGAUAACAUCUUAUCGCUGACGCCUAAAUAUAAGACCAUGCCGUCGCCAGGAAGCACUGGUUCAACGUCUACGCCGUUGAACGAGAUUUUGGAGGACGGAGAUGCGUUGCCUGUUUCUGGUAACGAGAGCAGCGGCUCCAAGUGUCGCGUGGUGAGGAGGACCGGGUACGAACAGAGGAAGAGCAAGUUCCACAAAACACGCACAACCUCGUGUUCAAGUUCAGACGCCAGCGAUGACGACAGCGAGAGCAGGAAGAAGAGGGCGCAUAAGUUAGGCACCUCUGCUGGAAAAUCGAUGCCUUCUAGACGAGAUAGUCACGACGAUUCCAGCGAUUCGCAGGAUCCAGGAGGAAGCGGAGGUGGUGGAGGAGGAGGAGGCGGAGGAGGUGUAGGAAACGGAGAACACGGCACAGAAUCACCGCCGAGCGAGACGAAUCGACAGGAUAGCGGAAACGGGACGAAUACGACCACCACGACGACUACGACAACCGGAGGAAGGCAUCGAUGCUCGGAAAAUCAGGUUAUAUUCGGUAGAAGACAUCGCGCUGGUAGGAGAAGAGCUGGAGAAACGCGGCUGCGGGAGAGUCAGUCGCUUAAUCGUAUCACAGAAGUGCAAGAGGCGGAAGGGCCGUCGUCUUGUCACAGUCACUGUCACGUCUCGCGUAAUUCCGCCGUUCUGGGCGUCCAAAGUAUAUCCUCGUCGUCGUCAUCGGUGUCUCAGAGCAGCACAACCUCGCACGCCGUCAGCUCUCAGCCUAUAUCUCAGGCAGCAGCCACGGUACAAAAGGCGAAAGGAUUCGGAGCUAGGCUUUUGCAGAGUUGGUCUCUUAGUACCAGCCACAAAUCCUCGAUAUCAUCGCAGCCGUCUAACAAGCAGAACAACUGCAACAGUCCCAAUGGCAGGUGUGUGAAGCAGGAAGUGCAGCGUGACGGGUGUCAGAGGAUCGAGAUCUGCUGCGACGACAAGGAGAUGAAUGGCGGCUCGGUGAACCAUGUACCGCCGUCCAACAACAAGGAGAACAGAAACGGCUCGGUGAACAGGAACGACUGCAAGAACAGGAAGAUACGGUUGCUGAGCCGGUAUUUUGCUGUUCACAAGAAGCUCUGCGUUCCGUUGCCUGGUCUGUUCGGCAAAGGACGAUUGUACAAGGCUCGAUCCUGCGGUAGCAUCGCUCGAGAUCGCGUUAGCCCGCCGUCUCCGAAGUCUAUGCUGUUCUGCGCUACAGCUGAUGACAAGUGGCAAGCACGUCAGCAAUGGUGCGGCGGGAAGCAUCAGCAUCGCGGUAGCGACGGCGAUAUCAACCAGAAUCUUGGCCUGUCGCAUCUGGUACAGGACGGCGUGGUAGGAAAAGGCUGCACCGCUUUACCAACUGUUUGCCAGAUCCACCUUGGCGACGCGUCCAAGUGCUGCAGCCUGUUCUGAUGAA